AUGGAAGAUGAUUCAGAUUUGCAAUCAACUGAUCCCAACUCCAAUACUGUCACUACUGCUACCACAAAUCCCAAUACAAUCGCUAAUACAUCAUCUGCAAGCAUCUUACCAUCCAAGCAUGUUGGGGAUCCUACAUCUGCUGAUAAGCCCUCCAGUAAAAAACUGAAAGCAGUUAAUAGAGAAGAUUCAUCAAAUCUGAAAAAACUUAUGAAUGAAUUAUUAUCCACUGAAAAACCUCCGCAAACCAAAACAGUUAGUGAACUUAAGCAAGUCAUCAAGAAUAGCCAAAAGCCCUUUUUCAACAAUGUUGCAGUCAAAAACCUUAAGUUGUGGAAAGUUGACAUUUCUUUUGAUGAACCAAAUGAGAAGCUGAGUGUACUUAGAGACAAGACAUGUUCUGUGAUCAAAGAACAACUAAGAGGCAUGGAGAUGCGCCCAAUUUUGAAAAUUGAUGAGUACUUUUCUGACAUACCAGAAGGAAAGCAUAUCCACAUAAUUGUUGAACACCCAUCUGUUAUUAAGAAAGAAACCAAUGACAAAAUUAAUAUAAAGGUUGAUGAGCUCAGCAAAAUGAUUCUAGAUUUAAUCAAAGAGCAACAUAAAUCCAAAGUAGCAAUAUCAAGUGUUAACUGCAGUGAUUGGGAAAGGAUUCAAGAAUCUACUGGUCUUGAUAUCAAAACAGUGAAUCUUGAUGUAGAGUAUGACACAGAGAAUAUUGUUGCUUACCAAUGGAAUGGUAGACAAGAAAGGGAACAAAAAGAUAGAUAUUUAUCUCAUCUCAGGAAUAUACUCAAAAUUUCCAGAUAUCACUUACUUGAACUUUAUGAUACAACCAAUGAUAAAAAUUUUCUUGGCAUAGUUGACAAUAUCUUGCCAAUAAGACUCUUUGAUAAAACAGAUGCCAUUAUAGUAGACAGGUGUUCUAUUUCUAACAGAAUCCCAGAACAUCAUAUCCGAAUUGUUUUUGAGUUAAGGAAGAACAUUAUUAAGUGA